UCGCUCGAUCGUGGCUCAUGUGUCGGAAUGUGAAAGAACUUUUAACAGAUCAAUUAGUUUCGAAGCAGCCUUGAAGCAUCGCGCUGUCCUGAACAAGAAACAUGGGAUGUGGGAGCUCCAAAAUCACGGUGGUUGAACCCGUGAAACCUUUCAACGGAAAUGAGGCCGAAACUAUGGGGUUUGUUGCUCAGGAGGGAUCCCGCGGAGACUCCGCUAUAUCCAAAAUUACCACAGACAGCGGGGUCAGCCUAGAUGCAAGGGAGCUGACAGUUCUGCCAGGAACUGUACCCAGACUGCUUCCACCACUGCAAGCCCAGAGUCCUGGACGGGCCCAACAGAGCCAAGACAGACCUGAGUCCAGUGAGAUUCUGGAGCAGCUACAUAUCCAGGGAAUUAUUCCAGCUCAACAAAUACAGGGAUGCAGUGGAGAAUCGUACAACAUUAUGAUGGAUGACACUGGGAAGCCAAGGAGCAGACCACCCGCUCGACUUGAGUCACUCAAGACUCGCAAAGAACAAGAGGUCACCAGAAAGGAAGACAUUGAGAUGAAAAUGAAACAAGUGGAGGAGAGGAAAAAGGAAAGAGAGGAGGACCUGAAACACAGAUUGAGGACUAAGUCAGCACGGCCUCGUGCAGUGAGUGCAGAGCAGGAUCUCAAUCCUGAGGAACUGCUCCAUUCCAAACAGCUUCCUGUCCCAACCAGAACCAAAGAGCUGCAGACACAAAUCAAUGGAGAAUCUGAGGGCUAAAGACUAACUGAGUCUCCAGAACUGGAAAAUGACUCCACCUUUCAACAGAUUGAAGACACAGUUGAGGGCGUUUAGAUUUUAAGACUAAGACAGGUUAAAGGGAUAGUUCAUCCAAAAAUGGGUGAAAUUCUCCCAUCAAUUACUCACUUUCCUGCCACCACAGAUGUGUAUGACUUUCUUUCUUCUGCUGAACACAAAUAUUUUAAGAUGAACACCUCAGCUCUAUAUGUCCUUUCAAUGCAAGUGAAUGGUGACCAGAAGCUCUAGAAAUCAUGUAAAGGCAGAAUAAAAUAAAAGUAAUCCAUAGGACUCCACUGGUUUAAUUCUUAUGAAGUGAUGUAGUCACUUUGGGAAAUAGACUUCUGUUUCUCACCCACACGUAUUAUAUUGCUUCUGAAGAUAUGGAUUUAACCACUGGAGUCAUAUGGAUUACCUUUGUGCCACCUUUAUGUAAUUUUUGGAGCUUGAAAGGUCUGGUCACCAUUCACUUGCAUUGUAUGGACCAAUAUGAGAGAUAUUAGAGAUAUUUUUCUCAAAAUCUUAUUUUUUGUUCUGCAGUAGAAAAUCAUACACAUCAGGGAUGGCAUGAGGGUGAGUAAAUGUUCAGAUGUUGAGAGAAUGUUCAUUUCUUGAUGAACUACUGCUUUUAGGAUGUUCCCAAGUGUACAUUCUUAGAGUUGCACAUGCACUUUUCAUGUUAAUCAUGAUUAUUUUUACACAGGGUAUGGUCAGAUCAAACUCUGACUUUUUGUUUGGAAAAAGAAAUGGAAAAGAUGUGCAUAAUUAGUGUCAACAGGGGUCAUUGUGUUACUGUCAAGUCAGCAGAAUAAUGGGUUAAGAAUUGUAAAUGAAAUCUGUAUAAAUGGCCAGUGUUCUUGCUAACAAGGGCAGAAUUUCAGAACUAUUACUUUCAUGUGGUUAUUGUCUUGCUAGGGAAACAUUAUUCUUGUGGAAACAGUAAUCAAGUUUCUGUCUUACAUGAUUAUUUUGGAAGCCUUAUUAUAUAAGCUAUUGUGUAUUUAUUUUUAUUGUAUGUGUAAAUGUUUUUUAUAUGUAUUAAUUUUAUAUUAGAAUAAUGUGUAGAUAUUUUGUCAAAGUAAUCAAUAUAUUGUUAAAGGAAUAGUUCACACAAAAAUGAAAAUUCUGUCAUAGUUUACUUUCCAAACCAUCAUUGAUUUCUGUGGCACCCAAAAGGAGAUGUUAGGCAGAAUGUUAGCCUCAGUCACCAUUCACUUUCAUUGCAUCUUUUUUCAAUACAGUGAAAGUUAAUUGUGAAUGAGGCCACUUCCAAACUAAUACAUUUUAUUUUGAAAAUGCAUUACAGGAAUAUUCCAGAUUAAAUACAAGUUAAACUCAAUUGACAGCAUUUGUGACAUAAUGUUGAUUAUCACAAGAAAUUGUUUUGACUUGUCCUACUUUUCUUUAAAAAAAAUUAAAAAUAAAUCUGGGUUACAGUGAGAAAUGUAAAAUGUAAGUGAAUGGGGCCAAUCCAUAAACAUUAAACUACUCACUGUUUCAAAAGUAUAGCCACAAGACAUAAACAUUUGUUUUAACAUGAUCUUAGUGUGAUACAAUCGCUUACUAACCUUUUCUGUGUAAAGAUAUAUCCCAUUUUACAACUUGCCAUGAUGAUGUAGCGUUAAGUUACAUGAAUGUAGCACAAUUUAAACAACUUUACAUUUCAAAUAAUACACAGAAUAAAUAAUGUUAGUGCUUUAAUAAAAUUAUAAGCUUCACAUUUCUGCCUUUAAACCCUUCGAAAAUCGGCCCCAUUCACUUACAUUGUAAGUG